AAAAUAAUGGGACACACCUGUUGAUCUGUAAUUUAGGUGACUGCCAGCUGAGGGUGUCUUGCAUUCGUCUCAGAUCAAGCAUUGGCUUUGAAAACAUUGGCAGUAUUAGUCUACAAUGAUUAAUGCGAGGGUGAUAAACGACGACACUCACAUCUGGAGACGAUAUACGCUUAAGAAGCGCGUUGGGAUGAAAUGUCGCAAAAAAGUCAGAACGCACCAUCAAAUGUGACUGAAGGGUACACUGUCACAAAUUUGACUUUAGUCGUCCUUUUGCUCAUACCUUGUGUGGUUCUCUUGCUUCUGCUGAACUGCUUUUUCCUGGGUUAUAAGCUGCUGGUUCUGUCAAAGACCAGGCGCAAGCAAGAGAACACAGAGGAGAUGCUUUUGCAGGCCGGCUUGCAGAGAACAAGAAGAGCAUCCGAUGUGGCCUUUCCCCCACUGCAGGACGGGAGAGCUUAUAUGUCUCUUUCGGAGCCUGCCCUGCCGCAUCCCGUCACUUCUUCCAGGGCUUCAUCAAGGGAGAGGGCAGGGGUGGAACACAGGAUCCAGCUACAGAGGCCAGAUGGUGCAACUGGCUCAGGGUCCCUGAAGGCGUCCAGCACUAUCCGGGCCACUUCUUCGCAGACUGGUUUCACGUCCAGACUGGGCCUGCCCUCAGGGUCACGGACAUACAGCGUCAGUAAAGCGGGCUGGUGUAGAAGUGCACCAGUCUUGCCACAGUCCAGUGAUUCAGAGACUGAAAUCAGACUGAACCUUGUUCCACCAAACACUCCCACGCGGGAGACGGAAUAUAUCCGUCGGAGCAGUACUUAUGAGAUGCUGACAGAUGUGGACCCAGUUGUUGCAGGGCAUAUGUUUGACAAAGUGGACCAGGAGUGUGAAUACAUGAACCCGUCUUCUGAGACGUCCUUCCUGAACACAUCAGCAGUGGGCCCUGGACUGGACAGUGACUUUGGUGCAAGUGCAGGCGUCUCCCUGCGGAUCCUCUCGACAGACAGUGAUGGUCUGUCCAACGGUGUGUUGGCUUCGGCUUUAGAGUGGGAUUAUUAUGACCCCUAUUAUGUCAAACAGAAUAAUAUACCUAAACAUCAACACCACAGACCUGCAGUGCACACAAAACAGUACUGGGUGUGAUUUGUUCCAGCUGUCAGUAUUAAUGUUUUAAUGUUAUUUUAUUAAAAUUGUAUUAUGGAUUGGAAAAAUGUAAUUAAGGUUGGUCUCACAAAAAAAUCACUAUAUUUUACACUAGUUUGAUAUUUUUGAAGAAUGCACUAUGCCACCAAAUUUGUUUUGAUUGUAAAAUAUUUUCAGCACUUACACGUAAAUUACUGCGAAGUGUUGACUGUGCACUUAAAUUACUGCGAAGUGUUGACUGUGCACUUAAAUUACUGUGA